AUGGCCGAUGCAACUGCCUCUGGCUCAGCCGACAAAUCCGUGCAAGUGAAACUCGUUCUACUUGGUGAAGCCGCAGUCGGCAAAUCAUCUGUUGUUCUUCGCUUUGUCUCCAACGAGUUCCAACCGAACAAGGAGCCCACCAUUGGUGCUGCGUUCCUGACGCAGAAAUGCCGACUGGAGGAUCGAGUGUUGCGUUAUGAGAUUUGGGAUACUGCAGGGCAAGAGCGAUUCCAUUCGCUGGCGCCUAUGUACUACCGAAAUGCCCAGGCAGCCGUUGUUGUCUUUGAUGUAACCAAGGCCUCCAGUCUGGAGAAGGCCAAGUCGUGGGUCAAGGAGCUACAGCGUCAGGCCAACCCCAAUAUCGUCAUUGCCCUUGCCGGGAACAAGGUCGAUUUGGUGCAAGCUUCGUCGUCGUCAACGGGCGCAACGGCAACAUCUGAAUCGGAAGACGAGGCUGACGACGCAACUGCCACACCAGGGGAAACUCCUGGCUCAGUUGAGCCAGAGAGUCUCCGUCAAGUACCGCGGGAAGAGGCUCAGGCAUACGCUACGGAAGCUGGCCUCCUCUUCUUCGAGACUAGCGCCAAGACGGGAGAGGGCAUUGUUGAGAUAUUUACCGAGAUUGCCAAGAAGAUCCCAAUUGAGCACAUUCUGGCAGCUACCCGCGGCGCUACCGGCCGACCUGGAGCGGGUGGUAGUCGCGCGGGAACACAACAAGAUGGGGCAGUCAAUCUGGACGGCAACGCGAAGCCCAAGGAGGCUUGCAACUGCUGA